GAACUCACCAGCCAAAGCCCAGAGCUGAUAGUAGGCCACUGCUCGCUCAGAACCCGCUGUGGCCAACUCUCAGGAAAUGCUGGCAGGGCUGUCCUGCUGGUGCACCCCCUAAUCUCAGCACUAACAGACAGAUCUCAGGACUCCUCUAGCUUGAGGGGAUCUGAAGCCUUCCUCUGACUUCCACAGAGAACUGCACAUGUGUACCCGCACAUACACAUGCACAGAUGUACACAUUAAAUAAGGUAAGUCUCUAGAAAACUCACAAAAAUAUAAUCUUAUCAUUUCAAGAGGCUGAAGCAGGAGGUUCAAGGCCAGCAUGGGCUACAUAGCAGUUCUGGGUCAUCCUGGAUAAAUGUGUCUCAAAAAUGCAAAACAAAACAAUGUGGUAUGCAGUCUGAUGAUCCCAAAUGUUGAAAUGUGCAGGUGGGAGGGUCACAAGUUCAAGGUCACCUUGGCUAGGUAGGGCUCUGGGCUAGCCAAGGUUACAUGAAAUCCUGUCUAAAACAAACUGAAGGUUCCAGAAGGAGAGAGCAUGCUUGAGUCCGUAUCUAUGACCUAUACUGAGCUCUGGUUUCUGCCUCCCACUGACCAGUUCUCUCUCAUGCUUGGAUUCAUCUGCCUGGCUUCUGACCUCUGCUCCCACUGUUAGACUGCUAACACAGCAUUCUGGUUGGCUCUGGGCCAUGACUUCUAGACCCUGGAGUUUUGGCGCUUUGGGUUAUGAGUAAUUAAAGUCCAAUUUCCUCUUUGUUACAAAGUUUAUUCUGGAGUGUCUUUCAAAAGCCCUCCUGUAUUGCUGCUUUGGGGUUCAGGGCCUGGAGGUUGAGGGGAAUUCACAAGGACCAGAGGCUGGUCCUUGUUCUCAAGUCAGCCGUGCUUUGAAUGUCUGAGAUUUCUGUGUGCUGUUCCUAUGUCCGACAGAGGCUUUGUUUCUGUUGCUCUUCAACGGACAACAAAAGUGUGGUUUUAGCACCAAGUAAAUCUAAUUCAGCCAGGCCAAGUUGUCAGGACUCUUAGCAAGGUCGCUAGCUUUGCUGAGGAGACUCCGAGACCCACACAUCUCCCUUGUUGGAAGGCCCCGUGGAGGACACUACCAGUGCCCUCCUAUUGGCAAUCAUGGCCACCUUCUGGCCUGGAAGCUACACUUCCUGAAGGCGCUUGUUCCCAGGGUCAGCACAGUAUAAACAAGGUUGUUGUCAGCAGGGUGGUUUCUGGCACCCUAAGAUAAUCCAUACGUGGCUAUGGUUGGAUCUCAGCCAGGAUGAGGUCACAAAGGAUGCUUGUUGCGACAGAUGCUGACGGCGGCGGUGGCUAUAGGAGUCCAGCGAGGAGCAGGAAGAAUAGAGAGGGGUACCACUACCUUCUGGGGACAAGAGGAGGCAGAACCCACCAGGGAGUCUCAGUGCUGGUGGGAAGGGGGACCCUGAUUCAAGAUAGGAUGUGGAGGCAGAGUCUCGGGGAGAGGAGCUGAGGGCAUCGCAGGGGGACACAGCGGUGUGGCUGGUGGAGAGAAUGGCUGUGACCAUCGUAUGGGACCUGUGUAACCCAUGCUUGCUCUUUACAUGAGGAAAUACUUUCUGUUUGUCUUGGGAUAGGCUUCCUGUAUAGCCCAGGCUGCCUUAAGACCUUACUGCCUCAGCCUCCUGGGUGCUGGCAGGUCACAGACGGAUCUCUUCUCAUCUGAGUAUUAUUCCUGGGGUCCUGGUUAUGUGUGGUCUUUGUUGACUUCAGGGUCAUGAAAGCGUCUUGCUGCUGUCCUUUUAUGAGUGUGUGCUGCAGUGGGUGUGUGGCAGUCAGGACAACGUUUGAGAGUUGUUUCUCUCCUUGCACCAGGUGGGUCUGGGAGAUCGAACUCUGUCGACUCUCCGGGCUUGGCGGCAAGCCUCUCUACCUGUUAAGCCCUGUCACUGACUCCUAAGGUGCUUUCUCAAAGUCUGGUGUACGUUUAACAUAUCUGGAGUUGAUCUUUGUAGUAUGAGGCAGGGAUCAUUUGGAUAGUUAUUGGAUCCCAGUAUUGUUGCUCUUCACUGCCAAGACAUCGCCUCUCCACCUCCAGUUUUUGGUUAAGAUAAUAAAAUAAAUCUUUUUUAGAAGGCACUGUCUUCGAUUCAAAUGUCCCUGUCCCUAAUUGGAUGGUCUCAAGAUUAUCCAUUUCAGCCAGGUGGUGGUGGCACACGCCUUUAAUCCCAGCACUUGGGAGGCAGAGGCAGGCGGAUUUCUGAGUUCAAGGCCAGCCUGGUCUACAGAGUGAGUUCCAUGACACCCAAGGCUACACAGAGAAACCCUGUCUGAAAAAAAAAAUCCAUUUCAAGGUGACAAUGAUGACUCAGUGGGUAACAAUGCUUGCACAGGAGCCUGGUGAGGUGAGUUUGAUAGACCUUUUUGAGACCCUGCUCAAAAAAAAUAAAACAAAGAGCCAGGUGUGGUGGUGUACACCUUUGAUCCCAGCCCUCAGGAGGCAGAGGCAGGCGGAUCCCAGAGAAAUCCAGUCUCAAAACCACACCCAACAUUUUUUUAAAUAGAUAAGUAAAAAUAAGGCAGGGGCUGAGGCAGACUUGGCAACCACACCCCCCUCACCACCACACACAAGAUCUCUUCUGGUGACCUGAGCUAGAUCCCAAGUACCCAUGGUGAAAGGAAAGAAUAAAUUCCUGUAAGUUGUCCUCUGACCUGCACGCUCACACCUUAACACACACACACACACACACACACACACACACACAAUGAAUACAAAUGUUAACGCCUAGAUAGGUGUCUGCUAUCUAGUGGUAAAUGUAAUCAGAAUGCAGUGAAAUAGCGGCAGCCGCAAUGCCUUCUGGGACCACGAGUCACUUGUCCGCAGCUGUCAGGGUGGGGGCGGGGCUCCCGGCGGAAGCUACCUCAGCUGAGCACUUACCACUGAGGAGGGUGCUGCAAACAGCCCAGAACUUGCUGUACCUGGACUUAACUGACAGCGACUCGCCUGCCUCUGCAGCCACCCAGAAGGCCCGGGCCACCAGGAGGAACCAGCUGGAUGUCCCCUAUGGAGAUGGCGAAGGGGAGAAACUGGACAUCUACUUUCCCGAUGAGGAUUCCAAGGCUUUCCCUCUGUUCCUGUUCUUGCAUGGAGGAUACUGGCAGAGUGGAAGUAAAGAUGACUCGGCCUUCAUGGUAAACCCACUGACUGCACAGGGAAUCGUGGUGGUGAUAGUGGCUUAUGACAUUGCACCCAAAGGCACACUGGACCAGAUGGUGGACCAGGUGACCCGCAGUGUCGUGUUUCUACAGAGGCGCUAUCCAAGCAAUGAGGGAAUCUACCUCUGCGGACACUCUGCGGGAGCUCACCUGGCUGCUAUGGUGCUCCUGGCCCGCUGGACCAAGCAUGGCGUCACACCCAACCUCCAAGGCUUUCUCCUGGUGAGUGGGAUCUACGACCUGGAGCCCCUCAUAGCCACCUCCCAGAAUGACCCUCUGCGCAUGACCCUGGAAGAUGCUCAGAGAAACAGUCCACAGCGACACUUGGAUGUGGUUCCAGCACAGCCUGUGGCUCCAGCCUGCCCUGUGCUGGUGCUUGUGGGUCAGCAUGACUCCCCAGAGUUCCACCGGCAGUCCAAGGAGUUCUACGAGGUACUGCUAACAGCCAGCUAUGACCCCGGGUUCAGCAUCAUGUGGUCUCCUCUCCCUCGUUAUUCUGCCCAAAUGAGCUGGACCUGUUGGUGCACACGUGGACUCCCAGUUACUCCGGAGGCUGAGACACUUCUCCGCGUGGGAUGGAAGGCCUCUUUCCAGCAGCUGCGUGGUGUGGAUCACUUUGACAUCAUAGAGAAUCUGACCCGGGAGGAUGACGUGCUCACCCAGAUCAUUUUGAAAACAGUCUUCCAGAAGCUGUGAGGACACCCAGUCCCCAUUCUGUAUGCACCUCAGAGAGCCUUCAGAAAAGAGGCUCCAUCUCACACUGCCUUGCCUGUCCACCCUGUACAGUCUCCCUGCUGUGAACACAAUCUCCUCUCCUGCCAUUCUUCACCCCACCCAGAUGGAGGCCCAGGGAAAGCCUGCAGAUUGUUACUGGAAAAUGCACACAGCCACCACCUGGCCAAGUCUGCCCCACCCUCCACCCCACCCCUGCCUGCUGACAGGGAGUUGCCAUUAACUUCUGGCUGGCUUUCUGUGCCAAUUAGCAGUAUCAGUGUGGACUGGCUGGGGCUGAGGCUGUAGCUGAGUGCUGGAGUUCUGCCUAUCUCCUACUGCAAGAGAAGGUGGGGUGGGGAAAAGAAAUGAAGACAGACAGACAGACCAACCAAACACUGGGGGACGUAGCUCGCUGGUAGAAAGCCUGACCACCAUGCAUACGAUCCUGGGUUUCAACAAGGAAACCUGAUACUAACAAGGAAAAAAGAAAGAAAAGAGAAGAGACAGAGACAGGCCCAGUGUAUACCUGAAUCCCAACACUGAAGCAAGAGAAUUGCUUGUGAUUUCAAGACCAUCCUGGACAACAUAGCUAGACCCUGUCUCAAAAAGAAAAGGGACUGGAGAGAUGGCUUGGCAGAUCAGAGUGCCUGGCACUGAGCCUGACAACCUGUGUUUGGUCCUUGGGGAUCCAUAUGGAAGGAAACAACCAACUCCCCCAAAUUGUCUUUUGGCUGCCAUGUGUGUGUAUCUUAGCAUACACACCACACAUACAUGAUGAUGGUGAUAAAAAGAGUCCAUGUUGUGCCUGCUGUAUGAACUAACAAGGAUUUACUUAGAACUGCACCAGCCCAGAGAGGCCACCCGCACAAAGACCUGUGUGUAGCAGGCUCUACCAGACCUGAUAACUAUUCCUGCAGCACACCACUGGGCCUUCUGAAACAGCUGGUGUGGGCUGUAGCCAUACUUCUUGCCUACUUUAUUGGGUUCUCAUAGCUACCACUCUUCCCCACCCCAAUCCCUUCCAACCCCCCAACACUAGGGAGUUGAGAAGGUUGGAGGGAAGGGGGGCAUAGAUCUCUUUAGAUGCCCUGCUGAUUAGGGGCAUCGAGAUCUUUGGGACAAGAACAGCCAGCAAGUCAUCAAAUAGCAAAGGAGCCACAGGGGACGCAGCAGCCACCUCCUCUUGGGGCUCUGGCAUUUUUAACCCUCUUAAGAACCCCCAGAAUUCCAAAUGUCAACUAUCUUCCUCUGGCAGCCUCACGCCCCUGCCUGCCAGGGCAGGAGACAAAUCGUAGUUGCAUGUGGACAAUCUUAAGCAGCCCCAUUUCCCACACCUGGCAUUAAAGCAAAAGCUUAGUCACAUAA